CCCAGAUUUGCGGGGAAAAUAAAUGGCUCUAUUUGUGCUUCUACUGUUGGAAACAAUGUGAACUAGCAGCAAAAAAAUUUCCCAGAUUUAACAGAUUUCAAGCAGAAAUUUACCACAUCCUCUGGAAUGUCUUUGUGAUAAGAGAUGUUUAUCCUCCACAGAAUGUGAUAGUGUAUUUCUGGUUUAGAGAUUGGCUGCUCUGCCCCACCCUGUCUAUUGUGACAAACUACUUCUGAUUGUUGAUUGGUUACAACAAAUCCCUGAAUAUAAUUUAGUUCAUCACUUAGUGGUUACUAUCCUCCUAUUUUGGCCAGCAAGCUGAUCUUGAAACUGCAAUUAUUAGGUGCUCUGGACUAAAGUGAAUUCCCCCCAAAAUACAGUUGAUAAAUAUUUACCAGCCCAUCACUGGAACAGGGCCAACAGUGGAGAAGUAUCUCCCUUAAGAAACAAACAGAAGAGGUGGAAAAGUGAGGAGAAUCAAGAGCAAAAUUUAGAGCUGUGGCUAGUCUAAGCACUUCCUCAAAUGGAGAUUUUUAGCCAGAACUCAGCAAUUGGAGAAAGAAUCCAGAUGAAGGAGUGGAGGUAUCUCCUGGGUGAGAAGGAAGCUAAAAAAGAAGUGGAAAAGUCCAGAGAAUCAAUAGCAGAGUCAGGAGAAAAGACUGAAGAUUUAUUUUUCAAGCUGAGGAAUCUUAAUGAAAUGAUGAUACUACAAAUGAAAAUAGUUGGAGAUGAACUCCAACAAUGGACUGAGAAAAAUAACAACUUUAUCAAAAAAAUCUAUUCAGCAGAAUAUACAAUGCAGGGUUUAUUAAGAGAAAUGACCAAAAUAGACUACCUUAUAGAAAAAUCAGACAAUGAGGAUGGAAGUCUGUCUGGAAAUGAACAUCAAAAACUGGGGGCCAAAAAAUGGAGGGAAAUGGAGACAAAAGAAUAUCCUGCCCUGGACAGUAUCCUCAAAGAAUCUGCAUUUAAUAAUACUUUUACUGAAGCUCAAGAAUUUAAGACCAAACUUCUUCAAAGAAUAGAGGAAAUGAUGGGGAUGAAUGCUCAGAAGGAUGAGUAUCAAUCAAAUGAACAAAAAAGGCAAAAAUCAAAUAAUGCUAGACCUCAGGACCCAGAUCCUUUACUACCUGCAUCAUCUUUGUUCCUAUCAAAGAACACUCUCUGUUAUAAUCAGGACCAGAUUGAAGAGACUAUGUUCUACAAACUAAAUUAUUGGAAUUCAAGGAUGUUUCUUCAAGUUAAAGAACUUGGAAUUGAUCACAAAGACUGGAUUGAAAAAAAUGACAUAAUUGUCCAAAAAAUAAAUGCAACAGAAGAAGCAGUAAAAAAUUUAUUAAAUGAAGUGAUUGAAAUGGAAAACCAAAUGGAACAGCUAGAGUCAAAUCAAUACCUUGAAAUUGAAGAAGAGUUAAGCAAACAGGAGAAGAUCACGAUGAUAAAAAGACAGUUAGAAGAAAUGAACAGCAAGUUUAUUCAGGUGAAUGCUUGUAAUGAAGCUCAGGAGCUAAAGAGGAAAUUAAUUGUCAGAAUAGAGAACUUUUACAAGGACAUGAUUAUGAUGAAUCGAGAAGUGGAGAAAUACCAGUUGAGACAAGAAGAAACAGAGGCUGAAAUGAUUAAAAUGAAAGAUAUGAAGCCGCUCUUUUCUCAAACAUCAUGUUUAGGGACAAAUAUUUCAUCCUGCUCUAUAAAAUUGAAACUUACAUUGUGGACUUUUGUCUUUAUUUAUGUCUUCAUCAUCUUUGGAUUUUCAUGUUACGUGUUUUUUAUUGAUCCUACAUUUAUUUUUGAAACUAUGCUCCCUAGGAUUCUUGGGCGCCGAAGAAUGUGGGAACUGAAAGAACUCAUUGCUCCCUUCUUGAAUUUGGAAGUAGAUGACUUGUUGCCUUCUUAAAGAUAAAGUAUAUGUCAUUAGCCUAUUAACUUUUUCCCAUUAAAAUUCUGGCUAUUAUUA